CGAACCCGUUAAAACGCAGCGCGGCUCCGCACCAACACAGACAGUCCGUCCGCGCGCACACAUCGAUAGAGCCGCCGCCGCACCUCCUGCAGACACCGAAACGCGUCUCUCAUUCAUCGUUUAUCUUUUGAGUGUGUAAAACCGGUGAAAACGAUGGUUUGAAGACAUUUAGACGAAGUAUUCGUGAAUGUAAUUCCAUUACAUCCAUCUGUUAGUCGCGCGCUAAGGGCCGCUUUGGUUUUCCCGUCUCCGCAGUCGUCUUCUCUUUGAGAGAUAUAAGUGCUCAUGCGAUUCUUCAGACUCACAUUUAAGUGUUUCGUGGAUUGUUUUUGAAGGUGCUGUUUGAAACCAGUGUCUUUUUUCUUUUGUGAUCCCGUUAUUUAUUUUUCAAACGCGCAUUUUGAUCAAUAGACCCAAAUACCGUGGCCAAUUCCGCAGAGAACUGCCAUCCGCUAUAAAGGUUUGACAUUGAGAAGAAAGAAGAAGAAAAAAAUCAUUCUUAAAGAAUAUCACUGCUGACUUUUGUAUUAAUAAAAAGAAAAAGGACCAGAUCCUAUCAGGAUCGUCUGAAGAACAAAAGGGACAUCUUGGUGUGAAUAAGAGAUUUGAGACAGAUACAAUAAAUAUCAAAAAAGAGAUCAAAUAUUUUUUUGAGUGCUGAUUUUAAGCCCUUCUGUUGAGAAGGUUGAGUGUUGCUUUUGUUUACAAGUGCAAUGGAAAAAAGCUCUAUAGACGCAGACUGCUGCUCCCUGAACGUGGUCUUGGUGGAGGAGAAGAAGGGUCACCUCAUUCCCAAUGGAAACGGGCAUCAAGGCGUCAAUGGGACCCUCAUCGGAGGAGCCAACGGUGUGCCUAUCCCCGCGGCCCCUGGAGCCAUGUCAGCGGCAGUGAAAGCGGGCUACCCCGAGCGAGAGACCUGGACCAGACAGAUGGACUUCAUGAUGUCCUGCGUGGGGUUCGCCGUGGGGCUGGGGAACGUCUGGCGCUUCCCAUAUCUAUGCUACAAAAAUGGUGGAGGGGUCUUCCUCAUUCCAUAUGUGUUGUUUAUAUUUCUGGGAGGUAUUCCAAUAUUCUUCCUGGAGAUUGCUUUGGGUCAGUUUAUGAAGGCCGGAAGCAUCAACGUGUGGAACAUUGCACCACUUUUUAAAGGACUUGGUUUUGCCUCCAUGGUUAUUGUGUUCUUCUGUAACACAUACUACAUCAUGGUCCUGGCCUGGGGUUUCUAUUACUUCAUAAAGUCCUUCAACUCCACGCUGCCUUGGUCCACCUGCGACAACCCGUGGAACAGCGAGCAUUGCAUCGAGAUCUUCCGCCAUGGCGACUGCCAGAAUGGAACCAUUGGCAACUCUACAUACGGCAACCUGACGUGCGAGGAGCUCGCUGAGGGUCGUUCUCCUAUCAUUGAAUUUUGGGAGAACAAAGUACUGAACAUCUCAGAUGGGCUGGAAAAUCCAGGUGUCAUCAACUGGGAAAUGGUGCUAUGUCUGAUGGCCGUAUGGGUUAUGGUGUACUUCUGUGUGUGGAAGGGGGUGAAAUCAACUGGAAAGAUUGUAUAUUUUACUGCCACAUUCCCAUAUGUGGUCCUGAUCAUUCUCAUGGUGAGGGGUGUUACUCUUCCUGGCGCUUAUGAUGGCAUCAUCUACUAUCUUAAACCUGAUUGGUCCAAGCUAGGAGAACCACAGGUCUGGAUCGAUGCAGGCACUCAAAUCUUUUUCUCGUACGCUAUCGGCCUCGGGGCUCUCACCGCCCUCGGCAGCUAUAAUCGAUUUAACAACGACUGCUAUAAGGAUACAUUUGUGCUGGCUCUUAUCAAUAGUGGCACCAGUUUCUUUGCUGGUUUCGUAGUCUUCUCUAUCCUGGGCUUUAUGGCAUCCGAGCAAGGUGUGGACAUCUCGAAAGUUGCUGAAUCAGGGCCGGGUUUGGCGUUCAUAGCGUACCCGAAAGCCGUGUCUAUGAUGCCCGUGGCUCCGGUCUGGGCCGCCCUGUUUUUCAUCAUGUUACUACUGCUGGGUUUGGACAGUCAGUUUGUCGGUGUGGAGGGCUUUGUAACUGGCAUUCUUGACAUUUACCCUGGAAAGUAUUAUAUGCGCUUUCAACGUGAAAUCGCGGUGGCGAUCUGCUGCUUAUUGUGCUUCAUCAUUGAUCUCUCCAUGGUUACACAGGGAGGGAUGUACGUCUUCCAGCUUUUUGACUACUACUCAGCCAGUGGAAUGACCCUACUGUGGCAAGCAUUCUGGGAAUGCGUGGUUGUCGCGUGGGUUUAUGGUGCUGACAGGUUUAUGGACGAUAUAGCUCGUAUGAUCGGUUACCGGCCAUUCCCGUGGAUGAAGUGGUGCUGGUCCUUUAUAACUCCAUGUGUUUGCAUGGGUAUCUUCCUAUUUCACCUGCUCAACUACAAGCCUCUGACCUACACCAAUGUGUACGUGUACCCGUGGUGGGGAGAGGUGAUCGGCUGGUGUCUGGCUCUCUCCUCCAUGCUCUGCAUCCCUGUUAGCUUUGUGUACAAGCUUGCUGGAGCCAAGGGAACAUUUAGAGAGCGCUGGGAUAUUCUGACCAAACCAGUGUGGGGGAACCAUCAUCUGGAAUACAUGGCCCCUGACAUUGAUAUUAAAAGUCUCACCUCUCUCUCUCCUGGAACCGAAGAGAACAAGGUGAUCAUAUUUGAGAGUGUUAUGUAAAUACAAAUCAAAGGGAAACGCUUCAAAAACCCUCCUAAGGCAAGCUGGUUAAAGAAGUCAUCAGAGGUUUUUUUUACACUUUACAUGAAAUUUUACAGUCUUAAAACCAAAACAGAUGAUGCUAUUAAUGAUGACACUUAUGUAAUACUAUAAACCUUCCAGCAUGCACAUGACCAGAUUUACUUUCCCUCUGCACACCAAACAAUAUUACUUGCACAUAUCAUCAGUUGGUGGGUUAAAUCUGCUUGUCUUUGGAGGGGAAGGUUUUAUACCUGACAACUCAUAGCUUUGUGCCUGGGUUAAUUGUUAAACCUGGGAGCUGUGCAUCAUUUCACAGAGCAGAAUUCCCACAGGUCUGUUUCCUGAACAUUAGGGUCUCUUUGCAUUGACACAAAUAUCAAUCAAACAGUAUCCCAACCAGAAGCACAUGGUAAAAAUAGCUACAAACAUCCCUUCAAAUCUAUAUUCAAGUCUAAUCUUAUAAAGUUGUAUUAAUAAACACACAUUCCUCAAAGAUGUUAUAUUCAUAAUACAAAUGUGGCAGAUUUCACAUCAGUAAGGACACCAGUAGUUGCCAAACAUUAAAAAAACAUUUCUUUUUUCAUUUAAGUUAUGUGUCUUCAUCCGAGACAGCUGACCUCAGUACUUUGUGCAAGAUAUCACUGUGUGCCAAACUUCAAUUUUCCAUCUCUGCUCAUUUGUCAGAAGAUGGGUUUGGUUGCCAUACAAAUUUAUAUCAAAUCCACCUAGUUUAAGUGAAAUAAACCAUGUGCUUGAUGCUCGUGAUAGUUGUUAGUGUCUAAAAACAUUUAUAGUUAUUAUUUUGUAGACAUAAAUGGGGACAAAUGAAGGGGCACUUUUUUAACUCUUUCCCUGCUAAUGUUUUUCUUUUUUUUUCAGAAAAAUAUAUUUUUUAAAUAUAUAAACAUACAAUAUAUCAAAUGAAAGAACAGAGCUUCUGCUUUAAAAAAAACAAACAAAAAAAAAACGUUUCUUCCUACUUUUAUUUGUUUUCUUUUUAUAUGACCUUUUUCUCAAAUAUGGUUAGGUUUCUUCAAAAAUACAAAAUUUUGACCAAAAAGUUGAAAUAAUUGCAUUUUUAUGAAGGACUUUUGAUAGAGAUUCACAGUGAUUAUCAAAACAUACACUUAGUAUAGGGGAUGGGUGUUUUAUAAGUUGGGUAAGAGCGCCAUCUGGUGAAUAAUAGUGGAAAUACAGAUUGCCUGAAAAACUCGUCAUUGGCAGGGAAGUGUUUUCUCUUAAUUGACAAGUUAUCUCGUCAAUGGCGGGGAAAGAGUUAAAGUGCUCAUGAACCAAAAGUUGCAUUUUGUUUAAGAUUGAAUUGUUUUACACAUUUAGUUUACGCAUAAAAUGUGCAAACUAAAUAAACACAUAAAAUGUAAACAUUAAGUUUACAUUUCCAGUUUCCAUUUACAUGCAAGGGUUUUUUUUUUUAAGAAAGUCAUUUGAUCAGAAACGUUAGAUUUAAGUAAGAAUAAUUUAAUAUGAUUCAAUGAUUGUCUCAAGAAACUAUUUGUCAAUUUACGAAGCUAAAACUUUGUCGCACUUAGAAAUAGCUAGGUAUUCAUUUUUUUUCUACCAAUGUCUGUUUCAGUUUGCUAAACACACGAGAAGAGAUUUUGACCUCUGAUGUAAUGCCUGGGAUUUUCAAUGCACAACAGGCAAAUUUGUAGGUUGACACAUUGCCAAAACCUGCCUUUGUCUUAAGUCACAUCAUCUAUCAAUAGCCAAAACUAUACAGAGGUGUCCCGAAAAACUGACCUCAUUUUGACCUGUGGGAAUUCUGCUUUUUAGAAAUAUCAAAUUGCUCACUAAAUCAUUGACAUAGAUGUAUGUACAAAUUAGACAACAUAACAUACAGUAAGGCUUCAGAAUACAUUUGCACAUUGUUGUAAAAUAAUCUGCUAGCACUUUUAAUCGUGUUAGAAUGAGUGUUUUUUUUUUUUGUUGUUGUUGUUUGUUUUUAUUUUACAUACUGUAAAAUAAAUAAGAGAUUUAUUUUGUGAAGGCUUUUAUUCUGCUUAUAUGCAUAUAUAAAUAUAUGAAUAGCUAUUGGAUAUCUGUGUGUUAUAUUUUAAUCAUUUGAGGCUGUAUGUACUUUUGAUAAAGAUUCAAAUACGGUGUGGGAAUUAUUACUGAAAAGCUGCAAUGCAGUUGCAGGACGCGUGUGAGAUAGCACAUGAAAUUGAGUUUAUUUUGAAUAUCAAGUGCUACAGUUGUUAAAUGUUUUAGAUUUUGUGUGUAAAACAGUAUUUUUGCCGACCACCAAGCUCAGUUUGGUUCGCAAAGACAAAUCGUGAAGAAUUCACUUCUGUUUUGUCCAUGAUUUUAUCACCUGAAAGAAAAUUACAAACAGCAUUUUUGAGAACAAAAACAGCGUAUUUAAUGCAAUUCAGUAUUCUCACAUUUAUUUAUUCACCAAUAGUAUAAACCCUUGAAUGUCAUUCGAUCUAAAAAUGAUUGAUUGACAGCUGCCUAUUGCAAUGAGAGCACAUGAAUGAGAUGAUAUGACGUUAGACUGGGCUUUCUCAUUGGAUGCUCUUUUUCCAACAACAAUUUUAGUCAAAUGUUAACUGGAAAAAAACUAAAUUUGGAACUUAUUCAAGAACAUUAUUUUUCUACCAUCCAAAUAUGAGCUCGGGUUGGUCAAUAGUUACGAUCAAUUAUUAUCUAGUAAUUAUGUGUAGAAAUGUUUAUGUAGAAAAAAAUGUGUUAACAAAACUAAAAAAGAUGUUUUGUCAUUUUGUGUGCUCUGCCAAAUUGAUUCUCGACAGUAUCUUUGCACUAAAGGUUUGCUGAAUGUGGCCGGUCGAGAUGGGAGCAAAAUUGGCACCACAGAUUUUUAAAGGGAAUAAAAUGACAGUAAAAUGAAUAAACCUCUUCACUUCUGUUCAGACAAAUAUUUCUGGAUUUGUGUUUAGAUUUGUGUUAGAUUCGGUUAGCAGAACACUGCAAAAUAAUGAUUAGUCUAACGUGAGAAGAACAGAUGGAUUAUGAAUGCAUCUCUUUUAUUUGAUGAAAGAGAGAAACUUUUUGAGUAAGGAUACUGUCCUGAAAAUCUCACUGAAGUCUUUCAUUCAUGUGCUUGGUAAUAAACUGUAAUGUAACCAUAGAUUUCCAUUUUUAACUCUAGUAAACAUGCAGCUAAUGUGUACAGUAAAUGUUUGUGUAUCCCUCUCAAUGUCAGAAGGGCAUCAACGCUAAACACCACUGUGAUGAUUUUGUGCUACUUCACCUGCCCCAAUCAAAGCAACAAAUGGCAAUAAACUAACACUAUGAAAAAUG